AUGAGCUGUACGCUAGUGUUCUUACUCGUCGCACUUGCGGCCGUGCUGAGGAGUGUCCCCAGCCAAGCGCUGUCCGCUUCCGGACUGCAGAUUCAGCUGCAGGAACAGCUCAUAGUACAGCACAAUGAUAGCGUCUAUGUGCAGCGUGUGAUGCGGUUGGCCAAGUCCGCCGAGAUGCGCAACUACAUGCAACCAGACACAGACGCCUGCGAAAACUUCUACGAGUACAGUUGCGGAAAUUGGGCCAAGAUAAAUCCGGCUGAAGCAGUGCGGCCACGUGAGACCAACUACUACCAGCUGCUGGAUAACGCCUAUCGCCACAAGCGGUUGCGUCUGCUCGAACAGGCCGCCGAUCCGGAGAGCGACGAUGCUGCCGUGUUGAAGUUGAAGCGCUUCUACGCCUCGUGUCUCCAUUUCCGGGAGACGCCGAGGACGCUCUAUCGCCAACAGUUGCAGGCACUUGUCGGUGAAUUUGGACGAAUGCCGGUGUUUUUGCUGCCCGGCCAGGAGUGGCCCGCCAGUGAGUUCAAUUGGCUGGAGACUGUAGCGCGAAUUAAAAACAAGUAUGGGUUCGACAUUCUGCUGCGUUUGGAUGUGGCGCCCGAUCUCCAUAACAAUACACGUAAUCGAGUAUACAUUGGACAGCCCUGGAAGCUCGGCUUGGAAUCAAAAUCCAUGUACAGCAGUGCAGUGGCGGAACUCUAUCGUCAGGAAUAUGUACGACACAUAUCCGAAGAGCUGGUACAACAUCUGCACGUGGAGGCAGAGCUUGCUACUGUCACGGCACGGGAAAUACUAAACCUAGAAAUUGCACUCUCCAAAGGUAUGGUGGAUCCCUUAACUACCAAGCCACUCAGCGGUCUAACCCAGUCACGCACAGCUGCCGAUCUGGCAGCUGCCUAUGCGCCUACCUUCAAUCUGACGCAGUACAUCGAGCUGGCUCUGGGCCAUGUGCCCAACGACACUCUCUAUGAGUAUGUGCCAGAUUACCAGAAGAAUCUCUUGGGUGUGGUUAGCAGCACACCGCCACGUGUGCUGGCGAAUUACAUUUUCCAACAGCUGCUGCAAAAGCUCUACUAUGACCUAGACGCCCCCGCUGUGGAUCAGUGUCUCAGCAUAGUGGGGCAGCAGUUCCCCGAGAUCUUAGACCACAUGCUCUAUUUGCGUUUGGGUGAUGCUGCCACGUUGACGGAUAUCCAGGACCUAUGGAAAGAUAUCAAGGCCAGUUUUCGGGAGAGUUUGCAAAACACCAGCUCCGUUUGGAUAACUGCAACCACUCGGGAAUUGGCGCUGGAGAAGCUGAAUGCAACGCAUCUGCAAAUCAAUGGCUAUGCCGAUGUUAACUUUACAGACCGGUACGCGCAGCUUCAUAUCGCCCCUCACGACUACCUGACAAAUUUGCGAGCCGUGCUGGAACAUGAGACACGACAGCGCCUUAAGAGUCUCAGUGAGAAGCCGGCUUCACUACCGGCCCCCACAAAACGGUCUUCAUUGGCACCCGUUUAUCUGGCAACGGAGAAUGCAGUCCGAUUACCUGUGGCGCUACUGCAACCGAACUUUCUUUGGUCCCGCUACUAUCCACGUGCUCUCAAAUACGGCACUCUGGGCUAUUUGCUAGCGCGCGAGCUGGUGCAUGGCUUUGAUGAGCUGGCGGGCAGCCAGGCGGACUGGUGGGAUGCGAAGUCCACGGCAGAGUAUGGGAAGCGUAAGAAGUGCUUUAAGCAGCAAUACGGACGCUUUCGGCAGGAUGGUCAUUAUCUGGCCGAGAGUGAUCUGCAGGCGGAAAACAUUGCAGACAAUGCGGCCGUUCAGCUAGCGUAUAAAGCCUACUCCGACUACCUAAAACAUCUGUCCUCAUCAGCAAUUGGCUCCGAGGCUCUGCCUCGCUUGCAGCAAACUCCUCAGCAGCUCUUUUUCCUGAGCUUCGCUCAGUUCUGGUGCACCGAUGCCGACGAUCGUUUCAAGGAGAAGGUCUCACUACUGAACAUACACACUCCAAACGCUUUUCGCGUCAUUGGCCCGCUUUCGAACUUUCAGGCAUUCGCCAGGGAUCAUCGCUGUGCCGCCGAGACGACGAUGAACCCCAGCCAGAAAUGUCAGUUGUAUGGCAUUACCUCGAAGUAGCACUAAAUUGUUGGUUUCUAUACAUUUUGAGAGACUUUAAUAAAGUCGUGAAACUACA